AUGCGGCCCCACCACACCCUUUUCGCGAUAUGCUUGCUCCUGAGCCUAUCGGGCAGUUCCCCAACACCAGAAAAGGCAUCCAACACAGACCCGGUUCUCAAGAAUGCCAACCAUAUCUUCAACGUUAUUCACGACUCGAUGCGCCAAUGGGGUUCAUCCCUCCACCAUAACGGCGUCUCUUUCUUCCUAGCUACUGUCCCGGCCGGAACACAACUAUACCAUGGAACCGCCAGUCCAGUUCCUGUGAACGGUACGGAGUGGCUUGCCUUCGAGCCUGAACACGCGCUUGUGUUUGCGCGCCCACAUGGUGGUCGUGGUCUACCCCGUGGUCCGGAUGGUGAUGAUAAACCCGGCGAAGGACCGAGCCACGAUGGACCUAGCCACGAUGAACUGCGUCGUCGUUUGGAGAAUGGCCCUCCACGCAUGGUGAAUGAUGAUACCGAUGCCCACGGCUACCUCCACACUUACGCCGCAGCCAAGAACCUUCGUCUGCUGUACAUUGAUGGAAUGUCAGCUGGCAAGACUGAGAAGGGCACCCUCGACUCGCAGGAUAUCCUGCUUUUCAACAAUAGUCUCGGGAACGGCGAAAAUGAAGGACCAGGUCCUCGGGGUGAACGAGAGCGUGCAAUGCGCGCUUGCGAGAUGGCUGAGAACGAAUGGGCAGGUCGGAUCGAUGGUGUUCUUCGCAUGGAGGCUGGUUUCGAAAUUAUCCUUUGCUCUUUUGCGCGGGAUCUCACUCCUCUGCGCAUUAUUCAGACCCAGACGCAAGAGCGGGGAGACAAGGGUCCUGGCAGUCGUGAUGCAGGGCCACCCAAGGGUCCCGGUGGCGGUCCCGGUGGUCCUGGCGGUGGUCCCGGAGGCCCAGAUUCAUCGCGUUGGGCCCGCGCCGUUGCAUCCCGAUACGAGGGCAUCGGCGGGCGCAGAGUGCACAUCAACUACGACAAUUUCAUCACUGCCCUCUCGCACGACCUCGACCUGUUCCCCGAGAGCUCGACACUCCCUCGUUUGAACCAUCUCGAGUCCUUCGAGCUGGAUCCCGUUCGCAAGGAACUUACCGAGACUAUUUUGACGCAUGACGCUAGGGAGUUCUCUUGGGACUGGCAGGCUACCACUGACAUGGUCAUCACCCGGUAUGCAGAUGAGUUGUCGUACUUUGUAUCGGAGCGAAUGGAGACGAUGAAGGAGUUGCGUGAGCAAAUCACUAUGCUUGUUGCUCCAUUUGUGGACUACAGUGAGCGGAAUAUCACUAUGGAGUCUGAGCGGUGUGCGGCGCAGUUCAUUCCCUUCCAGUACCAGGAUGCUCCUACUCUUCCUGCUCGUGCUGUGCAUGGUGUUUCGUAUAGUAUCUGCCAUACAUUGCUGGAGGCUGUUGAGGAGGAGAACCUCAGUUCCGCGAAGGAGUUGAUUGCAAAGCUUAUGGUUGAGCUUGACUGGACGGCUUGGAAGAAAUGUCGUGGCUGCCUGGAUAGUGAAAUUUGUGUGGUGCCGAUCUGGCCUAUGGGCUCGGUGGGCGAUUAUGAGAAGCCUCAGUGCAAGGAUGCUUUAAGUCCUUAUGAUCGUGAUGGAGAGAACUACUGGGGUGGUCACGGGCCUCACUGA